AGAUAUCAACCUAUUAAAUUAUUAGGUUAGAUGCUGUAGUGGAGAGUGGAACCAGUCAUGGCUGCCAACGAGCCGACCGCGACCGGAGAAGUGACGACUUCGCCUAAGAAAGUGUUCAUACAGCGGGACUAUACUCACGGCACUGAGUGUAAAUACGAGACUAACUUCCCCGCCCAGCUGGAAGGAGUGAUAGCACGUGAAACGUUGACAGAUACAGUAAACAAGAUAAACGAACUGUUGGAGAGGUCAGAGGAGCUAGGAUGUCCCACAUACACUGAGGGCUGCUUAUCUUGCCUCACCGGCUACUUACUGUACUUCUGUAUUGACACUAAAUACAGCAAGGAAAUGAAGCAGAUAUCCCUGUUUAUCCAACGUCAGAAUGAUGAGAUAUACCACCCACGCGGAGUGCACAUUGUUGAGCCGAUGUUGCGCGGUCUCCGCUGUAUCGAACUUGUUGUGUACCCACCACCUACUAAACCUGUGUAGAUAUGUUGUGAACCAAUAGUCAGCAAGGAAACUGUAAUACGGAAUACCUACAGUCACUAUUGUGGUAUAGUUAGCAAGGAUCACUGUUAAACUGAGGUUUAGUUAGCAAGGAUCACUGUUAAACUGAGGUUUAGUUAGCAGGGAUCACUGUUAAACUGAGGUUUAGUUAGCAAGGCUCACAGUUAAACAGUUAAACUGAGGUUUAGUUAGCAAGGAUCACAGUUAAACUGAGGUUUAGUUAGCAAGGAUCACAGUUAAACUGAGGUUUAGUUAGCAAGGAUCACUGUUAAACUGAGGUUUAGUUAGCAAGGAUCACUGUUAAACUGAGGUUUAGUUAGCAAGGAUCACUGUUAAACUGAGGUUUAGUUAGCAAGGAUCACAGUUAAACUGAGGUUUAGUUAGCAGGGAUCACUGUUAAACUGAGGUUUAGUUAGCAAGGAUCACAGUUAAACUGAGGUUUAGUUAGCAAGGAUCACUGUUAAACUGAGGUUUAGUUAGCAGGGAUCACUGUUAAACUAAG